AUGAGCGCGAACGUGAACUUCUCGGCUGGCUCGCGGACGACCAAAGGGGCGCCAUCAGCACCGGCCGCGUCUUCUUCUGCCAAGAGCAAGAGUCACAUGAUCUUGCCGUAUGAGGUGCUCUUCAACCUCGUCGGCCGCCGAGUGACGGUGCUGCUCACCAAGGGCUCCCAGGAGAUGGAGGGUACUUUGCAGUCUGUAGACAGUGACAAGGGCGACAUGCUGUUGUCGGAUGUGGUCCGCUACACCUGGGCCCCUUCGCGCUCAUCGGAUGAAGAGGAGACCGCCGCGGCUACCGCGGGCAAGGGGCAGGGCACACUUGGCAGUGUCACCGAGGAAGAGGGGUGUUACAAGUGCUUUGGAGGCGGGCAGCGUCGCGAGCUGAGCCGGUGCAGCCAGGCGAUGAUUAACAGCGCCUUUGUCGCCCUCGUCACACCCACGGUCUUCAUACCAGAGUAG